UGUAUUUUUGUUAAGUUCCAAAUAAACUUAUAUAAGAUCUAUUUUUUUUCUCUUUUUUUCUCAUUCAUUUCUUUCUUUCUCCCAUUCAUUCUCUUUUUGUCGAUUUGUGUAUCUAUCAAUUACACAAUGUCAGUGUCUUUAUGGAGUCCAAUCUACUGGUACGGAAACUAUCUUCGUCUAUGUUUCUUCGCUGCAGGGCUCACUUCUCAAAUAACUAACCUCGACAAUGGCAAAACGACCAUUCACUUUUGGGGACCGAAAUUCAUUAACACGACUAAGCCAUCGUUGGUUUUGAUACACGGCUUUGGUCCUGUGCCCACGUGGCAAUGGCGGAAUCAAGUCACAUACUUUGCCCCUAAAUUCAACGUCUACGUCCCUGAAUUGAUAUUCUUUGGUCAGUCAACAACUCAGUUAGCUGAUCGUUCUGAGCAAUUUCAAGCAGACACUGUUGCUAAAUUAAUGGAAAAGAUUGGUGUGAAGAAGUAUAGUGUGGUGGGAACAAGCUACGGAGGGUUUGUUGCGUACAAUGUGGCAAAGAGGUGGGCAGAUAGAGUUGAUAAAGUGGUAAUUGCAAGCUCUGCUACAAAUAUGAGAUUGAGAGACAGUAUGGAGUUGCUAAAAAGGGCAAAAGUUGAGAAGAUUCAAGAUCUUUUUCUCCCGACCAGUGUUGCACGAUUAAGGACUCUACUCACUCUCACAGUGUAUAAUUUUUCUAAAUUUGUGCCAUACUCGUUACUAGACGACAUGCUCAGAGUAAUAUUCUUUUAUAUUAAGCAUAUGUUGUUUUCCGAUAAUAGAGAAGAGAAAUCAGAACUUUUUGAUGGAGUAACUAUUGGACGAGAUAACCAAGCACACGUUGUUCCUCUAAAUAAGAAUCCCAAUAUGAAAAAGAUGUACUUUGCAAAAUAUAAUUAUAUUAUCUCAAUUUUAUUUACAUAUAAACAUAUUUUGCAGGAAGUGUUAUUAGUAUGGGGAGAUCAUGAUCAAAUAUUUCCGAUUGAAGAGACUGUGGAACUCAAACAGCUUCUGGGAAAGAAUGUGAAGUUGGAGGUGAUAAAAGAAGCAUCACAUUUACCCAAUAUUGAAAAGGCUGACCAAUUCAAUCAGAUCCUCAAUAAUUUUUUAUUCAAUUGAAAAUUAUGUAAAUAAAAAUAAUUUAAUUUUAUUAAGUGAUGUAAUAAAUAAUUCAAUAAUUUGUAUUUUUUUCUAUAUUUUUUAUAAUAAUUAUGUCCUAUCAAUAUAGAUUAUAUGAUCUUGUAUUUAUAUGCACAAUAUUU